CACAGGAGCCGGUUCUCCUCUGCACCAGCUGCCUCCAUGGGACACAGGCCGGGGGGCGGCCCUCAACAAGCAUAGAGACACGGACCUACAGCAGGUGCCUCCUCCGACCACAGCAGACAGAAGGUGGCAACACGGCAAACUGAAGCGUUCACAAAUCAAACGACCAACAGGUGAAGGAAGGGAAAUAAGUAAAUUCUCAGAGAUGAUGAAAACAAAAGCACAAUACACUAAAAUCGUCAUGGCUGCCUAAUGGCGUGGAUGCAUCCCAAGGAACCGUGGCUCGGGGUCUCGUCGUGGGGCAACGCUAGAGCAAGGCACACACACUGAGGGGGCAGGGCCUGCGGUGUCUGGCUGCAGGCCCGCACAGCACGCCGUGGCACCGAGGUGCACAGGCAGCUGGAGCACCACGGCAGGCACCUGCACAUCUCAACGUGGGGAAGGUGCGGUGAACAUGCACCAUAAGGACGGGAAACAUCACACGGCGUAGGGCAAGUCCCAUGAGCGGUCUGGCAGGCCUGGACGCUGCCUGGGUGCAUAGCAAGUGAGGGUGAAGGCCCAGGCCUGACUGAACAUUGUUGUGAACUUCAUCAAUACCGCGCACUGAGGCUCCACUGCAUUUACGUUACAAAAUCUUUCUUUAGUAAUAGCUGAGCCUCAGCUUCCUGUAACUUUUGCACAUUACAAACUUUACAAUUGUUUUUAACAUUGUUCUGUAAUAAAACUUAGCUUGGCCGUUGCUCUCCAAUGCCAGCGCCGCCUCUUGCUCGCCGAGCUCCAGCCGAAGGAGAAGGGGGGUAAGUAAGGAGGUCUCUAUAUCAUGGCUCAUACAAAGCAGACUGCCCGAAAAUCUACCGGUGGUAAAGCACCCAGGAAGCAACGGGCUACAAAAGCCGCUCGCAAGAGUGCGCCCUCUACUGGAGGGGUGAAGAAGCCUCAUCAUUACAGGCCUGGUACUGUGGCACUCCGUGAGAUUAGACGUUAUCAGAAGCCCACUGAACUCCUGAUUCGCAAACUUCCCUUCCAGCGUCUGGUGCGAGAAAUUGCUCAGGGCUUUAAAACAGAUCUGCGCUUCCAGAGCGCGGCUAUCGUUGCUUUGCAGGAGGCAAGUGAGGCCUAUCUGGUUGGCCUUUUUGAAGACACCAACCUUUGUGCUAUCCACGCCAAAUGUGUAACAAUUACGCCAAAAGACAUCCAGCUAGCACGCUGCAUACGUGGAGAGCGUGCUUAAGAAUCCACUAUGAUGGGAAACACUUCAUUCUCAAAAAAAAAAAAAAAAUCUCUUCUUCCUGUUACUGGUAGUUCUGAAUGUUAGAUAAUUUUUUUUCCAUGGGGUCAAAAGGUACCUAAGUAUAUGAUUGCGAGUGGAAAAAUAGGGGACAGAAAUCAGGUAUUGGCAGUUUUUCCAUUUGCAUUUGUGUGUGAAUUUUUAAUAUAAAUGCGGAGAC